GUCAGUAAGGACACAGACUGCAGAGCGAUCGGGAGCCAGCAUGACAAGGAAGGGACACACAGCCAAACAUGUAGUAAGUAUUUGUCGUCACGUCUGUCUGUUUCCCUCUGUGUGUCCUCCUGUGCCUGUCUGCUAAACUUUUUUUUAUAGCCCAGUUUUGUAGCACUGUCUAGUAGAUACAUCGAGAAAAAUGGAUUGUUCUGACCAACUUUUCACUUGCAAUAAUAAACUGAAUUGCCUGUUAUAAACUUAAUACUUUGAAUCCCUGCUCCAUUUUUUUUAUUACGGCUCCCCUUGCCUCUUCCCCUCCUGACAGUUUUAAAUUUAAGUUUUUCAGAGCUGGUGAUGGGAAAGGGGAGCUACAGGGGGUCAGUGAUCCUUGUAUGGGGGGAAGAGGGGGCCAGUGGCUUUAUGUGUGUGAACCCUGUCUGUUUGAGGAGAUCAGUCUGUCUCUGUGUGCGUGGUGAUGAAGUGGUACACUUUCUCAGGCAAAUGCAAUUUCUGUCUUAGCUAACCUGCAUUUCAGCUUGGAGUGUUUAGUGCCUCUACUAAACAGCCCUUUUAUAACUUGAUACGUUCACCAGGCGAUAAAAGUGCCCUUUAUAGAUACCCACCCCUGCGCAGGCAGAUAUGAUUUGUAAUGUUGUGCACUUAAAUAACAUUUGUUGAAAUGUACUCACAGUAUAAAGUACGUUAUACUGAUAUCAACAAACUUCUAAAUCAGACGCUUUUUGAAGAUUCACAGGAUAUUUUAUAAGUGAGAAUUGUCGGAAUUCAAAGUGGAUUUCAAAUGUAAGGCCAAAGUAGACCGCAGCAUAGCUGGUUUGGCUUCUUUUUUUUUUUUGUCUUGCUAUUUUGGCCUUAAAUUUGAAAUGAUAAUUAAAUAAUAAGUAAAUAAUUUGGUAUUAUCAACAAUGUUUAAUUUAAUGAAUAAUACUGUUAGUCUGAAAUCUCUGGUAAGAUGCCAAGUGCAGUUUGUCACAGAAACAAAAUGGAAAGGAAAAAAAAAAGGAUUUAAAAACAAAACUUUUAUUAAAUGCAAACAUUUUUUAUUUUUUUAUGUUUUAGUUUUUUUCCCAUAGUCAUAUGUAAACAAAUGCUACAUUUCAGACUGAAGUUAAUAAUCUGAAUAUUGGUUGGAAAAUACAUUUUACAUAUUUAUCCCUCCACCUGAAUGGUAUAUUUACAAACAAUGUUUUACUUGUAGAUUUUCACAGGGCCUGCCAACGGAAAUGGUUGGCAGUGUGUAGUGCCCAGGUAACAAAUUGUUGAUGGUUUCUCUAUAAACGUCCCCUGGUGUCUUUGAGUGUGGUGGGGGAAGCAUACCACAAGUUCCUCGUGUUCAAUAAGAGGGUACAGUAGACCCCUGUUUCAUUAUUCUUUGUUAUAUUUUGUGAUACAAAAUAUUUGUCACAUAUAUUGAUUACACCAAAUUGUUGCUUAGCCCUUUACCUUUGUAAUUGCUUUGGAGUUCUGCAUUCUUCUGUUCCCUGAGAAACCUGUCUUUACAACUGUCUGUCUAUCUCUCGGUGUUGUUAUGGAGGAUUUGCAAGCACACAUUUUUAUUGAUCCAAUAAAUUAAUUUGCUGUAUGACCUCCUCCAAAGCUUUGAUCAACAGUCAGACUAUUUUGAAGAAAGGAGUUGCAAUAGAUUAUUACUGGGGUUCUAUAUCAGAUGUACAGGAUCAGAAUGUAUAUUUAGACGAGGCUGCUAUGGGCCGUGGGCUUCUUGAAUUGUAAGGAAACAAGGUGUCUUUCAUAAAACGUCUUUUUGUAGUUGUCAUACCUAUUUUAAUGAAUUUAUACAUCAAUACUAUAUGAUAAGAAUGAACAUAGAGUGUAUGGCUUUUAAGAGAAGCUCCUGGCUCGUUUGGAGGAGGUUACCUGCACCUGAUGGAUCACAAGUUGUCAAACCAUUACAAACUGCUUGAGAGGGCACUCCUUGCACCAUAACCACUUGAGCACAUUGCAGUGAUUAUGGUCAUUGGAGUGUUUAAAAAAAAAAAAAAACUACAUACAAUGCUUAUAGGUCAUGCGGAUGAGGAUAUUUAGAAUCAAUAAAUCUUUAAAGACACGUUGGGGGUUUAUAUAAAGAGUAAUUUUGUGGCAAAGUUCUAAAAGUGGAGUAGGAAGCAGAAACAUUGGUUUCUGUGUUGACUGUUUUGGUUUGUCCAUCAAGGAUGGAAUUUAUUAGAGACCUUGCACUACAGCUAGCCAGACUACUUGCAUUUGCUUUUAGAUCGUGCUCCUUGUGUUGUGGUUGUGUACAAGACAGGCAUGGAGGGAGGGUGGGAGUAGAACCUCUAAUUGAAAGUGGAUGGUUUUAUUUCCAGUGAAAUGAGGCAGAAAGGAAUCUGCUCCUCUGUAACCUGCACCAUGAAGUGUAACCUCUUGGAAGAAUGUACAUAAAUGCUUUUUUUUAUCCUAGUGAUAACCAAGCUACUAUAGCAGCAGGCUGUAAAUGAAUAUACACUCUGUCGCAGACUGAAUAGUCACUGAAACAUUAAAUCAAAUUUCAGGGGAGAUUGCAAUAACAUAAAGCAUGUCAGUAGCACCUUUAAUUGUGUAUAAAAGUGUUGAUUGCUAUCUGAAAUUGGCAAAAAAAUAAUAAUUUUAAAACAAAUUGCAGGAACACCUCCCUGACUGUCAGAUAGCCGGGGAGGUUUUCUCAUAGAUUCUGUUGGGCCCGUCCAAGUGAAAGUGUGCCUCUCGCAUCCUAGGGGUCCGCUUUAGUCCUGUCCAUAGACUCCCUGGCGUUCAGACUGGAAACCUAAGGGUGAAAGUUGUGAGCGCAUGCUCUCUUGGGGCUCAAAAUCAGUGAGACUCAUUGAAAAGCCUUCGAUUGGCCAUUAGACAGUCUGUGCUGGGAAAAAAAGAGGAGGGCUUGCAAAGGCUGCAGACAGCAGAACUGCAGCUUUUGCAAGCCGUUUUUAGAUAUACAACCAAUGGUAAUAAUGCCGCAAUAAAUACAUGCAUGUUUUCAUCUGUGGCAUAUCUACUAAAUUGCAAAUAUAAAUAUAUAUUCAUUUAUUUUCUUUCCAUAUGAGUGUUCAUUUCAUAUACCUCCAAAACAGCACAUUAUGAUUUACCAUUAAUCAGAUAACCGGUGGCAAACUAUUGGAAAAAUGUCAGAAUAGCGUUGGUUAAUUGUCAUCAGUCUUUUCAGCAGUUAGUUUCCCAGUCGUGAUUCAUUGAUCUUUUUAAUGGACAUUUAUGAGCCCUGGGUGUGCAUUGCACUUUUUUGAAUACCUGCUGAGGAAGUAAGCCGUUCCUUCACACUGCCACUUUCGGAGUUUGACUUGGGCAUCCAGUGAGUCCUUUUAUCUAUUUGUGAGAUAUUAUUUAUAAAUAUUUACGUAUGCUUACCAAAAAGUGUAAAAAGCACACAAGGCUAAAUAUCUGUCGAUAGGCCACACUGCCCACUAAAUCUUGUGCUAGUUCUGUCUCUAGACCAAAUCUCCGUGUUCCAUUAAAAGCACAUGUCGUCUUUUGCUACCUGUAAAAACAUGGUGGGUAGUUUAAGCACUGAAAACACAAUAAUUAAUUAAGAGAAGGCUUGUGUCAAGCUGUCUGAAUAAAACCUGGGUGGGAUGUCAAAACAUGUAAUAUUUAUUUCUCAAACUGUUGGCGUGACACUCUCUGUUCAGAAGAACACUCCGAGCACAUUAAGCACUACAGCCCACUGAAGUGGUUAUGGUGCUUGGAAGGCACUGGCGCUGUCCUACAGUAAGUAGUCAUAUAUUUUAGGAUGGUUUGUCAACUCACCUGGGUCUUUCGGGCAGGAGUUCCUGCAUAGCCAACCAGAUUCUCCUAAAAGAUAAGCCUGAAAUGAGGAGUGUAGUGUCCCUUUAAACAUGCACGUGGUUGUGGUGUUAAUUAGUUAGAGUUAGACACGAGGAAAUGAAGCUGCAGGAGGAAUUUUCAUGGGCUUUGCGAUUCCAGUAAGAGAUUUCUGUGGAGAUAUUUGUAACUAAGCACUAAGCUUACGGUUUUUCUCUUGACAAUUUCCUGCAUUUUGACUGUCUGCAUGCUAAUGUGCGGACAGCGGCCCUUCCAUAAAAUCUUUCAUUUUUCCAGGCUAUUAGGGCAAAGCCACUAUGUCUGGCUGGCGGACUUUGGUUUCCUUUGUACAAAAUUUAAUAGAAAAGGGACAAGAUUUUAAUGUUCGAAAGAUUUACUCAAAGUGGAUUUAGAAAAAGGAAUCUUAUUAAAAUAAAUUGAAAGUAAGUUGUGUUUUGUUGUUUUUGUUUUCAAAGCAUCCAAACACUCCAUUUUACUGUAAAACCCACAAUGUAUUGAAACCAGUUGUUUUGUGUUUGUCUUUAUUUGUUCUGUAAGAUUUAGAAUUUUUGUGCAUUUCAAAUUUCAUCUCACAAAGAUUAAAUCCCUUCGUCUGAGUGGCUCAGAAAACACCAACAAUGAGUCCCAAGGGACAAAAGCAAUGUUGCAAAAACAGGACAUGUCAAGCUGGGGAUGUUUGAACGUGUAGCAGCAUUGACGUUACGCUAGUCUGAUGGUAAAUGUAUUUUUAUCUACUGCUCCAUCAUUAUUUUACUGAGCUGGAAUGGAAAAUGUUAGCUCUGUGAAGUGACCCAUCAGCCAUUUCCCAUAGGGUCUCGAUUUUGCAGAUUUAUAGGGUGAACGUAAGCAGAGAGAUGUGUUUACCAGUAUCUGAUGCUGUCAGAUUUAACCUUUUUACCACUAUUAGCCAAAAUAUUUUCCUUACAGUAGCUCUGUCUUUUUUUAAUGCAGCACUGUAGGGGUUAAAAAAUAAUAUAUACAUUAUAUAUAUAUAUAUAUAUAUAUAUACUUCAAUUAAAAAAUCAUCACUAUCCAUUGCAAUACACAUAAUAUUUCAGAAUUGUUUUUUGAUUUUAUAUACUUGAUGGUUGCACUAUUCCUGCUGUCAUUCCAGACAAUAGCAUUCGAAUGGUUGGGGGGAGGAUAAGUGAGGUUUUUUGCCACAAGUCCCAGGUGACAGGAUUCACAAUAGCCGUGAUUGCUGCUCUAUCUGGGCACAGGCAUGGUCUACAUCAGGGGUAGGCAGAACUUUGGCACUCUAGAUGUGGACUACAUCCCCAGUAAUGCUGGCAAAGCAUCAUGGGAGGUGUAGUCCAAAACAUCUGGAGUGCCAAAGGUUGCUUAUGCCUCGUCUACAUUUUGAUGUCGCCUGUCAUUCCGGCAUUUUAAUGUGGAACACUCUGGAUGCCUCUUAUACCCAGAAUGGAGUGUGUCGUGUUAUGGAGCCUUCGUGACUUGUCAAACUUGCGACAUUGGUUGCAAACGUUCUAGCGUUGCAUUUCUGAUGCUAACCAAUAGAAUGCCGUUUGAGUUUGUAUAUUUAUAUAUACACUGACCAAAACAUUAAAAUCACUGGCCGGUAAAUUGAAUAACUUUGAUUAUAUCGUGACAAUGGCACCUGUCAAGGGGUGGGAUAUAUUAGGCAGCAACUGAACAUUCAGUUCUUGAAUUUUAGUUGUAAGCAAGAAUAAUGGGCAAGCGGAAAGAUCUGAGUGAUUUUGACAAGGGCCAAAUAGUGAUGGCUAGAAUACUGUGUCAGAUCAUCUCCAAAACAGCAAAUCUAGUGUGGUGUUCCUGGUAUGCCGUGGGUCGGUCCUACCAAAAGUGGUGCCAGUUAGGACAAAAUUCAUGUGGAUGUUACUUUGACUUACCACCUACCUAGAGACUGUUGCAGACCACAUAGGAUAAUGCACCCUGCCACACUGAAAAAAAUGUUAAGGAAUUGUUUGAGUAACAUGACAAAUAGUUCAAGGUGUUGCUUUGGCCUCAAAAUUCCCCAGAUCUCAAUCCGAUUGAGCAUGUGUGGGAUGUGCUGGAACAACAAAUCCAAUCCAUGGAGGCUCCACUUUGUAAUUUUAAGGAUCUGCUGCUAAUGUCUUGGUGCCAGAUACCACCUCUCAUCAUUAAGAAGAGCUUUUUGAGCAUCGGCUCUGAAGAAACAUAGAUCGAUCCUAUCAGAGGCGGCUCUAGAUUUUAUGAAGCCUUAGGUGAAACUCACCCAUAAGGCCUCACUAACACCAAAAGUGAAAAAAAAUAAAUAAUAUGGUUGCAUUUUAUGUGACAAGAUUAGAGACAUUAAUUGACAGGAUACGUGUGGCAGGGUUAGGGGGGAGAGUGUGACAGAGUAAGAGAAGGUGAGUGUGACAGAAUUAGGGGGUUAGUUUGACUGGGUGAGUGUGGCAGAGCGAGGGCAGGUGAGAUUAACAAGAUUAGGAGUGGUUAAUGUGAGUGUGGAUGCGUAAAGGGGCUGAAAGUGGGGGGGGUGACAGUGUGUGUGUGGGGAGGCUUACUGUGUGAGACUAUGGUAAAACUACAUUGUGGGAGGCAUGACAGUGUGUGUGAGGUAAGGUGACAGUGUGUGUGAGGGGGUUGAUACUGUGUGAGAAGUCGGGGUGAUGGCGUGUGGGACAGUGGAUUGAUACUGUGAGGGAGGGGGUAAUACUGUGGGGGAUACUGGGAAGGAGAGGGCUAAUGCUUGGGUGGCGGGAAUAUUGGGAGGGAGGAAGGGGGUGAUUAAAUACCUAGUUUCUCUCCCUGGUGGUCCAGUGGGCUCCCUUUGGCCAUGGCCGCCGGUCUGCAGCUUCACAGCGUGCAGAGCUGCAGACCAUGUAUCUCACGAGAUCCAGUCAGAGCGUUGCCAUGGCAAAGCAUUGGUUUAGCGGAGAUCUUAAAGAUUGAUUAUCUCACCCAUGAAGGCAGAACAAGCCGAGGAAACUGGCAUGGCGUGGGAAAGAAGGUGCCUAAAAACACCUCUCUCGUGAUCGGAGGUGUGCAGGAACCUAAACAGACACAAGAAGGCACACUCUCUGACACAGACACACACACACUGACAGACGCACGCACACACACACACUGACAGAUGCGCACACACACUGACGGAGAAACGCGUGCACACACACUGACAGGGAGAGACAAACACACACACAAGUACUGACAGGGAGACAUACACACAGACACACACAUACUGACAGAGAGAGACACACACACACACAUACUGACAGAGAGGCACACACACACACAUACUGAGAGAGAGAGAAACACACACACAGACAAACAUACACACACACUUUCCAUUUUUAUUUUAAUCCACCCAGCCUCCCUACCUUUGGGAGAGCUGAGUGGACUUUCCCUGGUGUCCAGUGGGGCUGCUCGCUCAUCCUGCGUGUGAGGGAGCAGUGAUCUUCAAGCGGCUCCUCUCUGCUCCCUGUAUUGAUGCCGGGAGCCAGAAUGACGUCAUAUUCCGACUCCCAGCAUCAUUAAAAAGCGUGAGGGAGCAGAGGGGAGCCACUUGAAAAUCACUGCUCUCUCACACGCUGCCACAGCCGACCACAGGGAGCACGCUGCCCUGGGCGGCCGCCUCCACGAUACCUGAGCCGGCUGUCCACGUUCCUCAGGGCAGCCGCCUGCACGCUCCUCCGGACGACUGGCCGGCUUCAUUGUUCCCCCAUCCUGCCUUUAGCUAAAGGGCUUUAAAUCCCAAGCACUAAGCUAAAAUUUCUAAUCGCAAUGGCGACCUGGUGCCUGGGAUCUGUCGAGCCCUGUUUUAGCAUGUCACAAUGGUGGGUCCUGUAAUUACAUUGUAGCACAAAUCGGCAGAACGAGUUAUACAAUGUAUUGAGUUUAUUUAGGUGGGUUUGAGGUGCAGGUGCAUAUACUGCAUCCCCAUAAUCAAUGAUUGGCAUCAGCAUUUGCUGUACAAUCUUUUCCUUUACUGUAGGGCUUAGGCAGGAUUUGUGAAUGCCGGUACCGAGAGAAGCAAUUAAUGAGGUUGUGGUUGUGUAAAUAAUAUGCUCCUUGUAUUGGAGUCUUGGAAAGCUAAGGAAAGACUUUGUAAGUGGCUUUAUGGGUUAUACUGUCGUAUUUUGAUUAUAUGAUUGCUUACGUGAGUCACAUAACCAGUGGUAACGAUCACAUGAUGCAAUAGGGUUGGUGAGCGUAAGGGAUCCAGCACACACACAUUACACACAGCCAGCCCAUUACAUACAACCUGCACAAACACAUUACACACAGCCAGCACAUACACAUUACACACAGCCAGCCCAUUACAUACAACCAGCACAAACACAUUACACACAGCCAGCACAAACACAUUACACAUAGCCAGCCCAUUACAUACAAUCAGUACACACACAUUACGCACAGCCAGCCCAUUACAUACAACCAGCACACACACAUUACACACAGCCAGCACAAACACACUUCUCAGAGCCAGCCCAUUACAUACAACCAGCACACACACAUUACAUACAGCCAGUCCAUUACAUACAACCAGCCAGUCCAUUACAUACAACCAGCACAAACACAUGACACACAGCUAGCCCAUUACAUACAAGCAGCACAUACCAGACAAUCACUACAUAAACGCACACAUUACGGGGGAAGACAGAGGGCGAGACAUUGAACUCCAUGUUUUUGCAAAUUAAAUCCGAAUGGAAAUACAGAGUAAAAAAUAUCCAGUUGUGACGAUAGCGGAGUUGUAGUAUUUUCCUAUGUUGCCCUCUGAUUUUCCGUUCAGAUUUAACCUGGGAAUAUUCAAAGUUUAGUGAAUAACUCUGCCAAUGUCAAGGACUAAGCAGAUUCCGCAAACAUUGAAAUUUUGUGUCAGGACAAGUAGAUUGGACGACCACUUUAGUCACUUGGACAAGAGGAUUUAUUAUGUUUUUGUUUUGUUUUUCAUUUCUAAGCCCCUGCUCUGUAUAACAUGCGGCUUAACUCCAGCUUUCCUCUGCGAAGGAUCUUCUUAUACAUAUUUUUUUUUUUUUUUUUGAAGAGGCUCAUGAAAAUGUUGUAUUUAAAGGGGAACUACAGUGCUAGCAAAACAAAGUAUUUUCCUUAGCACUAUAGUGACCUAUAAUGCCGACCUUCCUAAUGUGCAUGCGCGGUGAGCGCCACCCUCGCAUUAGGACUGCCCCAUGGGAAAGAGUUGCUCAAUGCUUUCCUGUGAGUUUUGAGAUGACGGUGGAUGUCCAGUGACAUUUAACGGACUAAAAGUCCACUAAGGACCCAGAUGUGCCUGGGGUAACCCUGCAAUGUCAUUAUUUCAACAAUAACUGCAAUAAUUACAAUUGCAGGGUUAAGGGGACUAGGACAUUGCAUGCAGACCACUUCAAUGAGCUGAAGUGGUCUGGGUGCUUAUAGUGUCCCUUUAAAGAUAAGGGGCUAUUGAAGGAUAUGCAUUGAUAAAGGGGAUAACCUGAAACGUUGGUACCUUAUGUCCUUGAGAAUAAAUCUUUUUGUAGCACUCAGUGUGCACAUUUGCAAUUGUUUGCGCUGCCCUUCAUUUUUUUUCUAUUUUUGUGAAUUAAAGAUAUGGGACUAAGGAAAGACCAUGGGGAAGGGUGCUUGGUGGGUGAGUAGCCACACACAAACAAAUGUAAAAAUGGGGGCGAGUUGUUUGGUCACUUACACUAAAAGGGGGGAUAUUGCCAUAUCUAAUAAAGUGCUCGAUUUAAUAUUGUUGGGAUAUGUAUUACAAAUGAGUUAAAGGAACACUAUAGUCACCUAAAUUACUUUAGCUAAAUAAAGCAGUUUUAGUGUAUAGAUCAUUCCCCUGCAAUUUCACUUCUCAAUUCACUGUCAUUUAGGAGUUAAAUCACUUUGUUUCUGUUUAUGCAGCCCUAGCCACACCUCCCAUGGCUAUGAUUUACAGAGCCUGCAUGAAAAAAAAAACUGGUUUCACUUUGAAACAGAUGUAAUUUACCUUAAAUAAUUGUAUCUCUAAAUUGACUUUUAAUCACAUACAGGAGGCUCUUGAAGGGUCUAGCAAGCUAUUAACAUAGCAGUGGAUAAUAAAAUCGUAAUUAAACAGAACUUGCAAUAAAGAAAGCCUAAAUAGGGCUCUCUUUACAGGAAGUGUUUAUGGAAGGCUGUGCAAGUCACAUGCAGGGAGGUGUGACUAGGGUUCAUAAACAAAGGGAUUUAACUCCUAAAUGGCAGAGGAUUGAGCAGUGAGGCUGCAGGGGCAUGUUCUAUACACCAAAACUGCUUCAUUAAGCUAAAGUUGUUCAGGUGACUAUAGUGUCCCUUUAAUAUUUUGGCUAAACUUUUAAAAUGAUUAUUUUCAAAGUGUUAACAUAACAAAUAUAACGAAAAUAUUACAACAUUAAAAUAUUGUCGUCAUUUUCAAUGUUGAUCCAAAAAUAUUAACUCAGUAGGAAAACAUUUUCCAACAAAAUAUUAAAAUCAGGGCCAAAGUGGCUACUGAGUGCAUUUUAAUAUCCAGCAUAUUCCUUUUCCUUUUUUUCUUUCUCUUAGAAUAGAUAGAUUCUGAGUGGAAAGUGGCCUUUGUUAUUGCAGACACAGCAAGUCGUUCCUAACUCAACAAACAAUGUAAUAUGUUCUGCAAUAGAUAGCACAACCUCACCACUUUCUUGCCGAGCUAAUUAGAAGGAAUACAAUUGGUGUCCGAUGCUGUGUUUUUUGUUUUUUGACAGGUGUCACUAUGUAUUUGUAUUUGUUCGUGUGUUGUCUACAAAAGUAUUGAGUUAAUGUUGAUGCCUUCCCUAAUUGCAGUUAAAGUGCAGCUCGAAAUUUUAUCGGAGGCGUGGGGGUGGGGGGGGAUGAAUGUAUUUUCGGCGCGGUCUUUAUGGCUUGACAUUCUUUAAAUGAGGUUUUGUUUGCUCGCAGGACUCGAUGACUUUUUUUUAUUUCCCCCUCUUUCUUUUUCGCAUGACUGGCACAGAUUUCUGGAUUGUUUAUACAUUCCAGCGAGCUAGCCUGAGGAAAGCAGUAUACAUCUUGAAAGCUUGUCAAAUAUGUGCUAAAUUAACUUAAUGCUAAUUCAAUCCUGGAUUUCCUUUCCCGGUUAUUUAUAGGUCAUCACAGCAAUAGCUGGUAUAAAAAGUGGACCACUUGCUCAUCUCCUCCCCCUCUUUACCUCCAUUGCUGAGAUAUGUAGAUAUAUUAAUUUUUGUAAAAAAAAUUUGGUCAAGAUAGUAGUGCCAUUUAUCUAGUUUAUUUCUCGGUUUAUUUUACCUGUAUUCUUACCUUGCCUAUGGAUAUACUUUUCUUAUUUUGUUUAUAUGAUCGGUCACGUGAGUCACGUGAUCAGGGAUAACAAUCACACGAUGCAAUUACAAUACUACUCUGAGGUCGCACGAUUGAGGCCUGUUCCGGGUGGAAUGUCAUAAUUUUUACUAAGCUAUAUCCUUCUGAGAUCCAGCCCAUUAACUUGUGUCCUCUGUACUGGACAUUUCGUUCACAUGCAUCUCCUUUUAUUCUUUUGAGCUACUCUAUCAACCCCUGCUGUAUUGUAAAGAGGGCAUCCUGGGCUUACCAGUGAUAUGUCGUGUGAUAGGCUGGGAUACUGGGAACUUCCUCUUUCUUUUCAUCAAAUAUAGAUGGCUUAUUGGAAGACAAUGUUUUCCUUGGUUCCCAGGAGGGUAUUCCUGCACCGCUAGUGCAGUGGGUGGUGUUGAUUGUAUAUCUUCUUUGAUGGCCCUCCCAAUGGCACUUCACUAUAAAAUGAUUGUGUUCCAUUACAAUUUGCUACAUCUUUACUUAUAACAUAAAGUGUAAUGUUCCUUAAAUGUUUUGAUAUAACAGUUGUACCAAACAGAUGUAAUUAUCACGAGUGACCUGCUCUUGUCCUCUGUUUGCUACCAUAUUGCUAACUCACAUAUUUCAUGGGCUGCACUAUUUAUUUGGAAUACCUACCUCAUCCUAUUAAACCUUCCCCAAAUUGAGCAUAACAUGGCUGCAGAAUUUCAGUAAUAUCUUGGUUAAAAACUGCUUAAUAAGCUAUCCAAAUGGCCUAGAUGUUUGUUUUUUGAGCUUUGAAUCGUGUUUUCCUGUAGUAGGUAACAGAGAGGCGGUUUAAGGAAUACUCCAGAUCUCAGCCUGCUAAACUGAAUUAUGUGUGUAGAGCGUAUCUUCUGUUUUCAUUUUAUAAAAAGUACAGAUUUCAAUAUAAAUUGGCACUUUUACAAAUUAACCUUGUUACACCUCCCUUUAAUGCCACUAUAAUUCCAAACAAGGAGAGGUGGGCAGCUGUGGAUGUCUAUAUAGGUUGACUUUCCAAUGGACAAAACUUUCUGCUUAAAAAGCAUGGUUGGUCAAUGUGUACCCAUUUAUGUAGAACUAAAUCGGUUUAGCGGUACUUGGCACUUGGUUGUAUAAUCACCCGCAGCGAUUUAUCGUUGGAAACUUUUACUUAACUGGUUUGAUUAUAUGUUUCAUAUAUCCUAUGGAAUGUUGUGCUUCUGUUACAGCUUGUCAUCUGUGCUAGAAUUGACGCGUUUAUUACAUCUUCUGUUUCUUAUUCUUCCACUGGCACUUCUGUUAUUGCGACUAAUGUGCUAUAUGACUUUGUAUUCCAUAAAAGCCAAAUGAUAAAAAAAAAAAAAUCUUGGUUGGGGUUUAAGUGAAUUGAGCCCUAACAUGUUAGUGAGAUUUCCCUCCAAUCAAAGUAGUAGUGUUCUUCAACAGAACACUUCAAGCACUGUAAUGAUGCUCUCAACCAAUGACGUAGCCCUGCAGAAGACCUAACAGAAGUUUCUGAGUUUCUGCUUUGGGGUCUCCAGCUUUACGGCAUUAGUAGUGGAGUGGAGGGUCCUGGCAGAUCCCAGGCAAGAAGUCAAACCAUUCAAAAAAGGUUUGACUCCUUUAAUGGGGGUUACCAGGGCACUGGUGAGCUGUAGUGGUUAUGGUGUUUGGAGCAUUCCUUUUAAGAACUUAUAUUAUUGCUAGCGUGGCAGACCAUCCGGUCACCCAGGACUGGUACAUGUCUUCUAACCACCACCUGCCUCUAAUAAGAACUAUGAUCACCACAUUUUACCCCUCCAGCCCCAAAGCCCAUUCCAGCGGCCCAGGAGUCAUCAUAGACACGUAAGGAGACACAUGGAGCACCUGACUGCGAGCAACCUACAAACCGGUAUAAUUUGUCUAGGGAGCUCUUGGUCCAGAAUCACCAAACAGGACGCUAUUUAGAGGGGUGAUAGUAGAGGUAGCAAGGCAUUGAAUGAGUUCAGCCUUGUCCUGUUUCAUUUGUGAUUAUAAAAGAUUAGUGAAUUUUUGAAGGAGGGUAGAGAAUAUAGGGACAUAAUGGGCAGGAUGCAUGAUAGAGGUUAAUGUGUAUGUAUUGCCAGUUACAUUUUUAUUUUAAUUUUAUUUUUUUAAACUCUUUCUGCGUCUAAUGACAUCACAAGCAUUGGGUAUUUUGUAUAAUUGAACAGCGUGUAGUGAAGUUAUCGCUUUCUGGUAUUGUACAAUUUGAUUUAAAAUAAAUAAAUAGAGCUUCUAAUGGCAGCAAUGUGAAGGGGUAGAACUAAAAUUGUUUUAUAGUAUGCAAAUCAAAGCAUUCGGACGUCUACAGAGCCCAUUAAUGAGUUGCUAAAAGAAGAUGCAUUCAUUUUAUUAAUCAUUUUUGGCAACUUAGGCCUCUGUUUGAAUAUUUUAGAAAACCUAUUUAUUUUUUAUUUUUUUUAAUAUUAAAAUUUCAAAAACGUAUCCUAAUAAAAAAAUGUUCAAAAUAAUAAAUCAUUUGAAAAGCUAAUCCAACAUUUUUUUUAAAUCGGAUAGAAGCCCUAUGGAACCUCAAUUAAUUGAGGAAAUCUGACACCGGUUAGUUUAUAGAGUUCAUCAAAUACCAAAUUGGUAGAGUUUUACGUGCUGCCCCUGAAUUCAUAUAUUCCAGAUGGGUAUAUUUACUUAACACGAAAUAGUUUUGAACAGAGAAAGGAAUCACAAAAACUUUAGGAAACAAUAGCUGGUAGUAAAAUGCUUCUUCUCAAACGCUGCUGGACUUUCAUCUUGGGUAUUUUAGCUUCUGCUUUGCAAUUUGCUAUUUAGUUUACCACAGUUUGGGUGUUUUGUAAAUAAAUCAUUUUAUGUUCCAAAAUCUAAUACUCUAUAUUCUUGCUAUAUUCCGUUUGUCACUCAGUAUAAUUAUCUCCUAACCUGCCAUUUCAUAUGGAGGUAGGUAUUAGGGAUCAACCGAUUAUUGAUCUGGCUGUUCCGAUUUUUUUGCAAUAUUGGUAUCGGCCUAUAAAGAUACCGAUAAUGCAGACCAGGGCCGCCAUCAGGGCAUGACAGCCGAGACGGUUGUCAUGGGCCUGGGGGCCCCGCAGCACACUCUUACUUCCCUUCCCAGCUGCUCCCAUUAGCUCCCCUGUCUAAAUCUCAUGAGUCCCGUGGCCGUCAGAGCGUUGCCACGGAUUACCAUGGCAACGUGGCACACAGGCCACGAGAGUUAGACGGGGAACUGCUGGGAAGGGAAGUAAGAGUGUUGCUGGGCCCCCUCUGCAGAGUCCAUGCCACCGGACCACCAGGGAAUGCGAUCUCCCCCUUCCCUGGCCAGGUAAGAAGCAGGGAGGGGGUACUAAAACAAAAUGUUAAAAAAUGUUAUAUUUAAAACAUUUUACACACAUUACAUACCUACUCAAACCUUCACUGCAUUAACUAUACACACACUACACAAACACACACUGUGCAUUCAUUAUAUACACACUACACAAACACACCACAUUCACUUUACACACACAAUGCAUUCACUAUACACACUACACAAACACACCACAUUUACUUUACACACACAAUGCAUUCACUAUACACACUACACAAACACACCACAUUCACUUUACACACACAAUGCAUUCACUAUACACACUACACAAACACACCACAUUCACUUUACACACACAAUGCAUUCACUAUACACACACUACACAAACACACACACUGUGCAUUCAUUAUAUACACACUACACAAACACACUGCAUUCACUAUACACACCCUACACAAACACACACACUGUGCAUUCAUUAUAUACACACUACACAAACACACACACUGUGCAUUCAUUACAUACACACUACACAAACACACUGCAUUCACUAUACACACACUACACAAACACACUGUGCAUUCAUUACAUACACACUAUACAAACACACUGCAUUUACUAUACACAGACUACACACACACUAUGCAUUCAUUAUAUACACACACUACACAAACACACACUAUGCAUUCAUUAUAUACACACACUACACAAACACACACACUAUGCAUUCAUUAUAUACACACACUACACAAACACACACACUGCAUUCUCUACACAGACAUAUAUUCUUGAAAACAUAAAACAUUCUGACCGACAUGCAUAUUUUGUGCAUUUACCUUAUAAAAAAAAAGAUUUGCAAAUAAAUAAAUAAUAAACAUGUUCAGUUAACAGUAGAUUUGUGUAGAAAUAGUUUGUUUAUUUAUUCAAAACGGUAAAUGUACAGAAUAUCGGUAAACUGCCUGAAAGUUCACAAAUUAUCGGUAUCGGCUCUAAACAAAUUUUUAAAAAAAUCAGUCGAUCCCUAGUAGGUAUCUGUAACUUCCAUGGCAUGAUAGGUAGGUAACAUUAUAUGUUUUGCACUAAAUACUGAAAUAUGAACUCAAUAAAUGUUUUCGGUAGAAGGUUUUUUUUUUUUAUGAUUAGGAAAUUUAGUUGUAUAACCUUAAAUGAACACUGUAAAAUGAUGUUUUUACUCCUCUUAUUACCAGCGCCACACUGGUCUCACUGCAGAUGACCCCACCUGGCUCCGCCUAUAUGGUUGAGAUCAUCAAAGUUGACAAUCUCAGACAAUCCAAUGCCUUCCCAUAAGAAUGCAUUGAGAAGUUAUUGCGCAUGCGCAGUAAAAUGACGCCCUACGCCAGUCUGCAUCUCCUCAUAUAAUCAAUGCAUCUCUGUUGGGAGGGUGACCAUUAUAUAUAUGAACAAAUAUAAAAAGGUAUAUAUGUUAUCGAAUAAUAGUUUAUUGGAUGGUAAAUCUACCUGUGAUUUAUAUUUCAGUGGGAUGUGUAAAACCUCCAGGAAAGAUUUGCAUGUCACGCAGAACUUUAGCUGACAAGAGCUCCGGGAUGCAGGUGUGUAAAUCUUGAUGAUCCAUUCUGCAGAUAAUUUGGCAUCAAUUCAAUAAAAUUUACCUUAGUUAAGUAUUCUGUGUUACUUAAUCUGUCCAUGUAGCAAUAUGAUGUAAGGAUUUUCCAAACAGUUGUUCAAUGGUUAAUUGCUAAGGUUCAGUGCAAGGAUAACAUUUUAGGUACUUUUUAAAUCCCAUUAUAGAAUAAAAUAACAUUGACUGAAGAUCAGAGGGGGGAAUCAGGAACCCAGAACCACUAUCUAUGUCUUAUAGAAACCCUGAGUUUCAAUAGAAAGCUUAAAGUGUGAGGAGGGAUGGGGAGAGUUUUUUUCGGGGGGGGGGAGGGGUUGGCGGGGAUUCCCAGUGGGUCUCCAUGUAUCCAAGCCAGUGGGCAGGAACAUAUUGUGCAAGAGUAUGUGGUGCAGCAGAAGAUCCAAGUGUUUUAUUCAGAUAUCUUUAAAGGGACACUAUAGUCACCAGAACAACUACAGCUUAAAGAAGGCUUCCCCAAACGCCGGCCCUCCAGAUGUUGCUGAACUACAACUGCCAUGAUUCUAUGAAUGAAAUAGCUAGGCUGAGAAUCAUGGGAGUUCUAGUUCAGCAACAUCUGGAGGGCCGGAGUUUGGGGAAGCCUGGCUUAAAGGAACACUAUAGGGUCAGGAACACAAACAUGUAUUCUUGACACUAAAGUGUUAAAAACACCAUCUGCCCCUCCCGUUGCCCCUAUAAAUAUAGUAAAAUCUUACUUUUACUCCAGUCUGCUGCUGGCUCUGACAUAAAAUCAGACCAUGUAAAAUGGAGAAAAAGGAACAAUGCAAUUACCAUAACUUCUCAAUGAUUAAUGAAGUGAUUGUACCAAAUUAUUGUUUAAAGUAUCUUUUCAAGCCCUUCUCAUCCCUGUUUAUUAACAUACUAGUGGAUUGGACCUUACAGAAAAUAUAGACCAUUGCUUCUCGAAACAGUCCUCAAGGACCACAGACAGACCACAUCUAAUUUAUAUCUCACGGUUCGUAAUAUCGAAGACUUUUGGAAGAUUUUUUUGAAAAGCACUGGCAUAGAGAAUUUUAUAGGUUUUUUAAGGUUUUAUCACUGUCUUAUAUGCUGUCUACUGUAUAUAAGAAAUCUGUUAAACAAAAUUGCAUCUAAUAGAAUGUUGCUAAAUAAACAAGGGUUCUAGCCAAUAAAUAGACUGUCGAUUGCCAAAUGUACAAAGUAAUGAACUUUUAUUGUAUUUUUAUUUUGUGUCUUGAAGGAGGAACUGGCAACAUGAGCUGGAGUUUCUUGACGCGCCUUUUAGAGGAAAUACACAAUCAUUCCACCUUCGUAGGCAAGAUAUGGUUGACCGUAUUAAUAGUCUUCCGCAUUGUUCUCACAGUGGUAGGAGGAGAAUCCAUUUACUAUGAUGAACAAGCCAAGUUUGUGUGCAACACGGAGCAGCCAGGGUGUGAAAACGUCUGUUAUGAUGCAUUUGCUCCUCUUUCCCAUGUCCGUUUUUGGGUAUUCCAAAUCAUCCUGGUUGCCACACCAUCUCUCUUGUAUCUGGGCUAUGCUGUACACAAAAUUGCAAGGACAGAGGAGCGCAGUGAGUAUGAUAGGAGGUCAAAACUAAGACAUUUCCCUCUUCGGUGGAGGCAACAUCGAGGUCUAGAAGAAGCAGAAGACGACCAUGAGGAAGACCCUAUUAUGUACCCUGAAAAUGAGAUGGAAAGCGAAAGAGGAAACAGGGAAGUGAACCGCAACAAAGUCAAACAUGAUGGACGUAGACGUAUCCGUGCAGAUGGGCUAAUGAGAAUUUAUAUCUUGCAGCUUCUGUUCAGAACAGUUUUUGAAGUGGGGUUCCUGGCUGGGCAAUUUUUCCUUUAUGGGUUUGAAGUUAUUCCAAGAUACGAGUGCAUUACAAAACCUUGCCCGCAUAAAGUGGACUGCUUCAUAUCCAGGCCCACUGAAAAAACAAUCUUUCUCUUAAUCAUGUACGGUGUGAGCUGCCUCUGCCUGCUUCUGAAUGUAUGGGAAAUGCUCCACCUUGGCUUUGGGACCAUACGUGAUGUCCUCAAUAACCGUAGAAAGGAGGUUGAUGAUUCCUCCACAUAUAAUUACCCUUUCACGUGGAACACGCCAUCAGCUCCUCCUGGAUACAAUACCACUUUGAAACCAGAACAAAUACAGUACACAGAACUCACGAAUGCCAAAAUGGCAUACAAGCAGAACAGAGCCAACAUUGCUCAGGAGCAGCAAUAUGGCAGCAGAGAGAACAAUAUCCCAGUUAAUCUAGAGAACCUACAACGGGAAAUACGUUUGGCUCAGGAACGACUUGAAAUGGCCGUUCAGGUCUACAAUAGCCAGAGCAAUCCACCUAUCACCAAAGAGAAAAAAAUCAAGAAAGGUUCAAACAAAAGCAGCGUUAGCAGCCGAUCCGGAGAUGGAAAGACCUCCGUGUGGAUUUAAUCACACCAUCACCCCUCAGGUAGCUGCUAUUUGUCUCAAGGAGGAACUGUGGCAGAGGAUUAACUCCACUUGUUAUAAAUAUUUUGGUUUGGUUAAUGUUUAAGAGACAGAUCGCAAUGGUUGGAGCUUUCAAUAUGUUAAAAAGAAGAGGUCGGAUUUGUACUCUGCAGAACAUUAGCAUGCAUCCAGUUGGUUAAUAGCCCUGCAGUUUAGCAGACAUUUCUUCCUAUCUUUGUCGAGUCCACAAAGCAUUAGUACGACAAUCCUCGCUAUAUGCAAGUUUUUUAUGAUUCCAUUUUCUGUCAUGUUUAUUGUAUUUCAGGACAUACAACAAGAGCGGACUUUUUCAGCAUACCCUCUUUAUUUGUAAAAUAAGAAUUGUCAUCCCAGGCUAAAAAUGAUCCUUUUUACAUUUGUUUUGCAGCUCAGGAGUCUUUUUAUAAAUUACUACCUUAACCAUUCUGUUGCCAAAGGAGGCAUCCAACAGCUUCUGCACCUAAAACCUCACUGGUGAGGAGAUUCAAGGGUUUAAAGUGCCUUGUUUUGUUACUCUGCGAAGAGCAAUUUUUUUUUUUUCUAUUGUUUUCUUAUAUUUUUUUUUUAAUGUUUUUAUUUUUUUUUCUGCUGCAGAUAGACAGUCAAUUUUUCGUAUUACACUGGUGCUCAGGUUAAUUAGAGACUUUGACAGCAAUUUUUGUUACAUUAUCAGUGGCAAAACGGAGCCGGUGCUUCCGACUUAUCAUAUACAAGCCUGGUGAAGAGAUCGCAAAUACAAAUUCCAAUUGCCAGCAAAUUAUUGACUUGUUCGGCAGCAAAUAAAACAGUCUUUGGUUCUUUGUAAAUUUCUGUGUAAUUAUUUUUCCACAGACCAUCGUUAGUGGUACACUUACUUAGAAAUGUUACUCGUAGAAAUGUCAUUUUGGAUCCAUGUUGCUCUUAUUUACUAAACAAGAGCCAUUGAGAGAACAACCCAUUGCAUAUAUCUGAAACGCAAACGUCUUUGAUCCCACGGAAAUAGCCAUAGGUGGAUUCAGUCGGAGUAUUGAGUAAUAUUGACAUUGUUGAGUAACCGUUAUGUUGGUACUCCUGAUAUCACACAAAGUUCCAAUCUGCACACUUUGUCAUGAGUAAUCUGCAACUGCCUUGGUUAGGAAAGUAAUCUCUAUAUGUGUAGAACACUAUCAGGACUUUGGUAGAUAUUUUUCCU